UGGCCUAAGUAGUGUCCACCACCAUAAGAAGGUCCUAGAUUUCUGCUGAUUCAUCACUAGUCUACAUAUAAACCCUGUUUGAUUUGUUCUUGGCCUGUGACUUGCCAGUGUCUCCCCUUCUUCACCAGAGUGUGUCCUGUCCUCCUCUUCUCAUAGGGUCUGAAGCACACAUUCCGCCAUCAUGUCUGAGAAAAGAAUGACUUCGAGCCGUAAGCAUCAUCUGAAGAGCUUGAUGCUCCAGAUUGCAGCCAAUUUGAUUGAAGAGGAGAAAAAGGAGAUGAAGCAGGAGAAAGUGAAUUUCAUGGCUAACAUCCCCGCCCUGGAUUUGUCUGGAGAUCAAGCAAUGCUGAUGGAAAUGCUCAAAAAGUUGUCCCAGACCAUCGACAAGGUUGAUGAGGAAAGAUAUGACGCAGAAGCAAAAGUGAAGAAGACAGAAAAAGAGAUUGAGGACUUGAAGAUGAAAGUGAUUGAGGUUCAGGGCAUCAAGAAGCCAGCUCUGAAGAAAGUGCGUAUGUCUGCUGAUGCUAUGCUUGCAGCUCUGCUGGGCACCAAGCACAAGGCUUCCAUGGACUUUAGAGCCAACUUGAAAGAAGUGAAGAAGGAGGUCAAAGAGGAGGAGGAAGUUGGUGACUGGCGUAAAAACGUUGAUGAACAGGCUGGCAUGGAUGGCAGGAAGAAGAAGUUUGAGUCCACAUAAAUGAUUGAAUUAGUUUUGGUGUUCAAAACUAUGGAGGCUACUGAGUGAUUCAUUUAUCUUUUUCAUUAUUUUGUGGUACUGUUAGAGAGUUAGAGUAUAGCAUCUGAUAAGCACUUAUACUAACUGUAAACUAUCAUUGAAUUGUAACAUAUUUUCCAAAUGUAUAGGCUUAUCGGAAAUAUAUUCAACUGCCAAACUGCAGUAAUUAAAUAAAUGUCAGCAACAUGGUGAAAUGAUAUACAUUUCGUGGUCCUGUAUUGUGUUCAAUUUUGUUACCCCUUUCAGAUUUGGUCCCUCAAUGCUUUUGGAUGUAAGAUGUUCUAAAGUAUGGUUGCAAAAAAGUUGACUUGCUUCCCUUCUAAUUUCGGGAAUCUUCCAAUCAGGAUUUCUGGAAAACCUAGACAUUUUGGGAAAGUUUUGCAACCCUAUUCUGGAGAAGCCUAGAUCAGCCUAGAUCAGCUUGGGUCAAGGCUAUCAAAAUACUGUAUAAACAAAUCUGAAUUAUAAACCACAAGAUGUCAGUAUAAUAGAACAUAAUUUUUCUUUCUGAUGACCCUUCCUCUUUCUUUCAUUCACUCUACCCCACUCUCUCCUCUUUCUCUGACUCUGAUUCCUCUUUGACCAACAAACAAGCAUGUCAUCUUUGACAAACAUUCAUCAAACAUCCCCCCAUAACCUUUCAAAUUGAAAGUAUGCCAAUGGAAAAAGGGAGGAAGUUAAUGAGUUUUGAACAAACAAAGGCAAUCUGCACUUGUAACCAAGUGUAAUGUGUAACCAAGCAGAAUCAUGAGUAGAGUAGCACUUCAGUUAUGUGUUAUUAAUUAUUUUGUUCAUCUAUAUUUGUUAUAUGUGGGCCUGCUUAAGCACUCAACUUUUUAGAUUGUGUUUCGUCUUUAAGACAAUAAAUUAAUUUCAGAUGUCAAUACAAUUUCUGAGUACUUCAUUGUUAGGACAAAAGUACAACUUUUGAAAAUGUAUUAAGAUUGUAAAGUACUUCGUUUUCUGGAAUUGAUAGUAUGAUUCACUUGUUUAAUUACAUUACUAUGAUUCACUUGUUUAAUUACAUUACUAUGAUUCACUUGUUUAAUUACAUUACUAUGAUUCACUUGUUUAAUUAGAUUACUAUGAUUCACUUGUUUAAUUACAUCACUAUGAUUCACUUGUUUAAUUAGAUUCCAACUUCAAGUCAUAGAGAUUUUAGAAAUAACAUUUUUAUAUUACAUAUUUAGACAUCCAAAAGGAACUGAAAGUCAAUUUUUUCCAAUACUUACAUUUGUUAUCCAUGUUGCCCGUGAAUAUCAUAGACAUAGAAUAACUUCACUCAUAUCUAUAAUUACUUCCCCUAUCACUCCCAUACUGUACUGUAAUUCUAUACUCACUGCCCAGAGCACACAUUGGAAGACAUCUUGAAGGAAAUAAUAUGAGGUGAACAGGGUUGGGCAGAAUGUAUUUCAGGAGCUCGAUGUUCCAUUGGUCUGACACGGAAACCACUUCCAUAAAGAGGACCCAGUGCUUCUGCUGAUGUAUCAUCCGACACCAUAUAUACCGUGUUUCCUGUUUCACUGCCUGUUGCUUGCCAGUGUGCUAGUCUUCCCUUCUUCCUCCAGGUGUGUCCUGCCCUCUACCUCUUCCUUUCAUAGCGUGUGAAGCACAAGAACAGCCAAGAUGUCGGA